AUGUCGAAACAGUGGGCUAGUGGUACAAACGGAGCUUUCAAAAGACAAGUGUCGUCAUUCAGAGAAACAAUUUCCAAGCAGCACCCGAUUUAUAAGCCUGCAAAGGGAAGAUAUUGGUUGUAUGUUUCACUAGCGUGCCCAUGGGCCCAUAGAACACUAAUCACGAGGGCCUUGAAAGGGUUAACCUCGGUUAUAGGAUGCAGCGUAGUGCAUUGGCACCUUGACGAGAAAGGGUGGAGAUUUCUGGACAUGGAGAAGCAAUUGGAGGAUAGAGAAAGUUUUUUGGAACAUUGGCACGAUGCUGCAGGUGGUAUUAAAACCGCUAAAGAGGAUUCCAGCAAGAGCUUCGCCGCGAUCAAGAAUGACAGUCAAAGAUUUAUGGUUGACGCUACCAAUGAGCCUCACUAUGGAUACGAGAGAAUCAGUGACUUGUAUUACAAGAGCGAUCCUCAAUACUCGGCAAGAUUCACCGUUCCAGUGCUAUGGGACUUAGAAACUCAAACCAUUGUCAACAAUGAAAGUAGCGAUAUUAUAAGGAUUUUGAACUCUAAUGCCUUUGAUGAAUUUAUCGACGACAAGUUUAAGAAGACGGAUCUUGUUCCUGCACAGUUAGAAGCUAAAAUCGAUGAAUUCAACUCCUGGGUUUACGAUAGCAUUAACAAUGGUGUAUACAAGACCGGAUUCGCAGAAAAGGCAGAAGUUUACGAAAGUGAAGUUAGCAACGUAUUUGAGCAUUUGGACAAAGUGGAGAAAAUCCUGGGUGACAAGUACGUUAAAUUGAAGGCCAAAUAUGGUGAAGACGAUAGACAAAAAAUCUUGAGCGAAUUCUUCACUGUAGGUGACCAAUUGACAGAAGCUGACGUCAGAUUGUACACCACAAUUAUCAGGUUCGACCCUGUCUAUGUCCAGCACUUCAAAUGCAAUUUCACCUCUAUUAGAGCCGGAUAUCCAUUUAUUCACCUGUGGGUGAGAAACUUAUACUGGAACUACGAUGCCUUCAGGCACACGACAGAUUUUGAACAUAUCAAGUUGCACUAUACACGUUCUCACACGAGGAUUAACCCCUUAGGAAUUACACCCCUGGGGCCCAAACCAGAUAUACGUCCUUUAUAA